CUUCCUCUAUAUUUAUAUUUAAACAUUUCGUAUUUUGUGACUUGUCUUGCGUGUCUGUAGUCGCACUAGCAGUGAAAAGGUGUUUACUUAUUGGUAGCUGAAGAUGGAUGGAGAACGCUGUAUUCAGAAUAGAGUCGUUGUCAUAGCAAUGGAUGGUAGUACGGAAGCUGAAUCAGCAUUGCAAUGGUAUGCAAAGAAUAUAUACCAGAAGGAAGACCAGGUUAAAGUAGUUUAUUGUUUACAUCACACAUCACACUAUACAAUGGAUCCCUCACACGGUGGGUCUGGCUGGAACCCAUUCACAACUUUCUGGGCGGCAAAUGAUACCAAAACUAUGGCAGAGAAGUUUGAAAAAGAAAGUCAAAAUGCUACAAAGGUUACCAGCCAUAUUGAAAAGUUGUUGCAAAAAUUUGAGAUUAAUGGCAAAGUUAUAAGAGUUCAAGGCGAUCCUGGACACGCAAUAUUAACAACAACAGAGGAAUGCAAGGCAACAUGUAUUGUGAUUGGGUCGAGAGGUGUCGGAGCUUUUAGACGGACAGUUAUGGGGAGCGUCAGUGAUUACAUUUUACACCAUUCUAAUAUUCCAGUUCUCGUAUAUCGUCAUUAAAGUGAUUUGAGUUGCAAUAAAUUUAUAUUUCAUUUUA